AUGACUGAUGAAGAGGCCUAUAAAUUUGCAAGACGAGCUAUAAUGCAUGCAGCAUUUCGAGAUUCAGGUUCUGGCGGUGUUUGCAAUAUGGUUCAUAUCACUCCAACAAAGAAAAUCCGAUUCCCUCCCAUAGAUGUAACUAAACUCUACUAUGAAUUUGCGGACGAAAUUGGAAGGGAUGUUGCUUAUGAACCGAAAGAUGACGAGUAA